AAUAUAUUACUGUCACGUGAUACUUGUACAAAAUGGAGAACGUGAGUUCCGAACGAAAGCUGUUCGGCGAAGUAGUAAGAAAUACGCAUAAAUACGGAUCUACAACAAAGCCACAACCGCACCAUUCGAAAUAUGUAAAGCAUUUCAUUUCCAGAGUUGAUACGCUACAAGGCAUCGCACUUAAAUAUGGGACGACGGUUGAACAAAUCAAAAGAGACAACAAACUUUGGACUAACGACAGUUUAUUUCUGAGAGAACAUUUAUUUAUUCCAAUAACAAACGAAAAUAAUCAUCUUGUGACUGAUGAUUGCCAGAUCCUCUCAUACGAGGAGGUAAGGCCAAGAUCAAACAGUGAAAACGUUACAUGUGGUGCUACCGGAACUGAUGUGAGCAGUCCUACACGUGACAAAUCUCAUUCUGAUAAAAAUUCAUGUGUGGCAACGGAAAGUAAGGCAGCCAACAGUGAAAAUAAUAUCACAGGUGUGGACUUCUUCUCAAAGUACGAUAAUAGUAUAGCUGUGAUAAAAAGUAAAGUGGAAAAAUUGGAGAAGGAAUCUGGACUCGCCUCUGUGCUGACCGCUGAGAUCCAGUAUGACCUUGACCUUGAUUCUCCGUAUCAAAUACUGGAGAAGGAAACCCAGUGCUGACUACCAUGGCCUUGACCCUUUGACCUUAAUUUUUGUCUCCAUUAGGCUAUGAUGAGAACCUGAGCUCCCUGAUCCCACAGCGCAAAAACUCAGACUUCACCCGAGCCACCCGCACCCCACCAAGACGCAUUUCUGUCGAGGAUCCGGAUAGCCCAGUGCUUGUCAUACGUUCAAACACAAGAUCAUUGAAAG